GUGCGACAAAAAUUUUCUUAACAUCCUGUUGGAAAUUUAUUGCUUCCACGUCAACUCAUAUUGAAGGACUCGUUGAACAUUUUUGUACCUCUGCCGCACACACAAACAUGCUUUUGACCAAGCACCUCAAGAAUGUUGACAGCGAACCGGAGAUGCUCACAACGCGCUCUAACUCAAGUGGUAGCCUAAAGGAUAGCUCGGAUAGUGAUGUGCACCAGCAAUUAAUUAAAGAGAUCGAUUUGCGUUUGAAGCAUCCCCUCGAGCAUACAUGGACAUUGUGGUAUCUGGAGAAUGAUCGCACCAAGGCUUGGGAGGAGAUGCAAAAUGAAAUAACCAGCUUUGACAUGGUCGAGGAUUUUUGGAGUCUAUACAAUCACAUCAAGCCGCCAUCCGAGAUUAAAAUUGGUAGCGAUUACUCGCUUUUUAAAAAGGGAAUACUGCCCAUGUGGGAAGACGAUGCGAACAAGUUUGGUGGCCGCUGGGUCAUUACGCUUAGUCGCAACUGUAAGCAGGAACUGGACAAGCUCUGGCUAGAUGUGAUUCUGAUUCUGAUUGGUGAGGCCUUUGAGCACACCGAUGAAGUCUGCGGUGCUGUUAUCAACAUACGCGGCAAGAGCAACAAAAUUUCUAUUUGGACUACCAAUGGGCACAACGAGCUGGCCGUCAUGAAGAUUGGACACAAGCUGCGCGACUUGCUGACUCUACCGCCGCACAAUCUCCACUACCAGCUGCACAAGGAUUCGAUGAGCAAGCAGGGUUCGCUCAUCAAAGCGGUUUACAGCGUGUAAGCCCCCGUUUGGUGGCCGUUUGUUUUGCCAUGGCAACAUCUGCCCAACGGUUACCCACCAUUUACCACCCUCAACCCAUCUAUAUAUAAAUCUAUUACUCUCGUGGCCGCGCAGUUGUUGCCAUGAGCGCGUUUAUUCCAAAAAUGUAAAAAAAAAAAUUGAAACGAAAAUGGGUUUGCGAUUCCUGGCAUGUUACAAUUUUGUAGCAAGGCGCAAUAAAGUGCCGCAUUUGAAAAGCAG